UGUAAAUUGAGGAUCACUGCAUUCUUUUUCAUCAGUCAACAGCUAACACAAGUUUCCACAUGGAUUUUUAAAGCAUUUUAUAAUUUUUCAGCAAACAUUAUUUGGUUUUACAAGUGUUUAAUAACUAUUGAGAUAUUGUUGUAGUACUACAAUUAUUCAGCAUCAUGGUUCUUUCGUGUCGUUUUUAUAAGGAAAAAUAUCCGGAGGUUGAAGAUGUUGUCAUGGUUAAUGUACGAAGUAUAGCAGAAAUGGGAGCCUAUGUUCAUUUAUUGGAGUAUAAUAAUAUUGAAGGGAUGAUUCUGUUAUCUGAAUUGUCCAGGAGGCGUAUUAGAUCAAUUAAUAAACUUAUUAGGGUAGGAAAAACAGAACCUGUGGUUGUUAUUCGAGUUGAUAAAGAGAAAGGAUAUAUUGACUUGAGUAAACGUCGAGUAUCAUCAGAAGAUGUUGAAAAGUGUACCGAGAGGUACGCUAAAGCUAAAGCAGUUAAUUCAAUCCUACGACACGUUGCCGAAUUACUCCAUUAUGAUAGUGAUGAACAACUCGAAGAUUUAUAUCAAAAAACCGCCUGGCAUUUUGAAGAAAAAUAUAAAAAACAAAAAGCUUCUGCCUAUGAUUUUUUCAAACAAGCAGUAUUGGAUCCUUCCAUUCUUGCAGAAUGUGGACUAGACGAAAAGACAAAAGAAGUUUUGCUCAAUAAUAUCAAAAGAAAGCUUACUUCUCAAGCAGUCAAGAUCCGAGCUGAUGUUGAAGUUGCUUGUUACGGUUAUGAAGGAAUUGAUGCAGUAAAAACUGCUUUAAAAGCUGGUCUUGCUCUUUCUACAGAAGAACUUCCAAUUAAAAUUAAUUUAAUAGCACCUCCUCUUUAUGUUAUGACAACUUCAACUCCCGAAAAAUCAGAUGGUUUAAAAGCGCUUAAUGAUGCUAUCGAAGUUAUUAAAGAAAAAAUUACAUCUCUCGGCGGUGUCUUUGACAUUAAAAUGGCGCCUAAAGUAGUUACAGCAACUGAUGAAGCUGAGCUAGCAAGACAAAUGGAACGAGCAGAAAUGGAAAAUGCUCAAGUAGCUGGUGAUGACGAUGAAGAAGACAUUGAAGGUAUGGGUGAAUUCAGUGGCAGUGAAGAUGAAGGUCGAAACAGUAAAGCAGGUCAAGAAUCUCAGGAAGAAGAUUAAGCCUGACUAUUAAAUUGUACACGGAUCGAUCAGUAUCACACCGUUGGAUAAAUAAUUGAUUUAAUAUUCAAUAUUAUAAUAAAAUUUUAUAAAUAAUAAAAUUCAUAAAGUAUUUGA